GCUGCAGCGGCACCAAGAACAAGGAAGCAACAUGUGGCUGCCAACCAUAAUAACUUUGACAACACACCACACCACAUAGUCAAGCAGGCGCGACAAGAAGAGGGAACUGACCGACUCAAGGGGAUUCACCAACAGGACACUUUAAUAUUAACCGCAUCAUGAAAAAAGAGGUGAAAGCUGGAGUCAACUUUCUGAAGCGUCUCGCUGUAGCACGAGGCAAGCUGGACCAAGCCAAAGCAGAACUGUUUGCCGAGAAGUUACAGAAGCUUUUAAUGGACAAAUAUGACGAGCACUGGUAUCCUGGCUGUCCCAGCAAAGGCCAGGCAUACAGAUGCAUUAGGAUAAAUAAUGAAGCACCCUGUGAUGAAGUGGUCCUUAAGGCCUGCGAGGAGAGUGAGCUAACGCCCAGCAGUCUGGGGCUUCCUCCUGAGAUAACUCUGUGGAUCGACCCAAUGGAGGUGUGUGCAAGAUCUGGGGAAAACGGCAGGCCCUUCACAAUAGCCUGUUUUGAAGAUGAGGAGGAUGUAAAGGGGGACCGGGAUGACUCCUCUGUUAGCUUGGACACGUCAGAUUACCACUCUGCUACCUCUUCGGACUGCGGUUCCACGGCGUCGAGCGACACAGAGGAGGAGGCGAAAGAUGGCGAGCUGGAAGAGCAAGAGAAACUGAAGGAGGACUCGAGCAAGGAAGCAGCAGAAGGCAACGCCUACACAGUAACGAUGGUACCCAGGGUUCGGAGGUGGCAGACAGAAGCACUAAGUAAAGUCAAAUACGUCAAAAAGAAGGUCCCUGCCAGUCUCCACUACUUCUACCAUCCCACACCAGCAUGGCCUCAGUACAACAAGGGGGCUCCAGUGUUCCUGGCCACAGUGUGCGCACCUCCAACACCACCCCCUCCGCCCCAGCAGGUUUUUGGUUACUACAUCUUACCGCAGCCGCCUCCACAGUUCAUCCUGCCUCAGGCCGCCCUGCAGCCGUGGGGAGCUGUGACAGCUUAAAGCUUCCAAAGAGCAUUAUAGCUGCUUCAACUGAGCCAUGCUUCAACACAUCUCAGAGUUUAGCUACAAUCGGACCAAACGGAUGCAUAUUAAUAUCGUAUUUGUAAAGUUCAGAUGCAAUUCUUGCACAAGCUUUUAACUCGUUUUUUUUUUUUCUAGCUUGUCUUUUAAUCAGCACAACAAUGAAAUAGAGCAACAACGGUUUAAUUUGCUGCACUGCUAAUUUUCUAUGUACUGUAUUUAACAAGAAUAACUUUAAUCGCAGGUGCAGAUGAACUCAGG